AUGGGAUUUUUGAGUGGAGUGCUUGAGGCGGUGAAAAACGAAAAUGAAGUGAUAACUUAUGACAAAAAAGAUGGUAAUGACAUCAACAAACUUAUUAGUGACUUAAAUAAAAAUAUUGGCUCCGGGCGUAAAGGGCUUGCGGCGUCUGUCGACGCGGUGAAGGGGUGGUUGGAGGGGUAUGAAGGAAAUUACAGGUCAACAACUAACGCGUUCACGGCAUUUUUUUUGAAGUUUCAUAAUGCAAUAGAAAACCUGAAAAUGAAAAUUCCUGUACUUGGGGAGAGAUUUAAUGUCGAUCUCCAAUCGUUCACUGGCGCCUUUGAUGAGCUCCGCAGAACGGCGUACAAUGGAGCGGACUCAACGUAUGAAAAACUUGAUGAAACAUUAAAAUGUAAAUUAGAAUGUUCCGUAAAAUUGGUAAAACAGGCGGUAACAAAAUUUGAAGAUUUGUCAAAAAAUGACGACCAUCAAACGAUUUACCAGUUGGUCACUCAGAAGUUCACAUUGUUGAAGGCGUUGAAAGACAAAAAAGUGGGACAUAAACAAAUGAUCACUGAAGUUGUAAAUGAUGUGAAGAGUCAAGUUAAGACUGAAAUCGAUGGUAUUAUUACCUUCGUUGAUAGUCUUCAUGAGGAACUAAAAACGUUUAUUUCAGCGGCGGAUUUGUUCGUUAAGGAGGCGCAAGAAAAAGUUGCGGCGAUUGUAAAGAUGCUAAACAAUGGGUCUGAUGAAAAAGAGAGAGGUAAAGUGGAAGAUGCUGUAAGAAUGUUACAAGAUAAUGCUGAGGAAAUUUUGGUCGCUGCACAAAUUGCUAAGAAUGAAGUUACAAGAUUGGUAAAGGAGGCACAUACAGCGGUAAUCACUAUGAAUGACGCACUAAAAACAGAUUUGGCCGUGAUGAAGGAUGAAAUUGGAAGAAAAUUACAAGAUUUUAAGAACGGAUUUGAAGCCAUUACUAAGCUAGAGGAAAAUGUUCAGACGGGACUGUUGGCGUUAAGAAGUGAAAUAGUGGACGGUGUUAAGAAGCAUGUUAAAGAUAAUAUCAUUAAAAAAAUUAAGGAAGACGUUGAUAGUAUUAAGGGGCAGAAUAAAGAUCAAGGUCUACAUGGGUUUGUCACUUAUGUGACGGAGCAGUAUGUUAAAAAGUUUAAAGAGUCGGAGGGGUUCGAGGGUAUAGUGAAGGGUUGGAUCCAAACGAUUUUGGGAAGUCAACCCGUUACGGAGGACAUCAAGGAAUACAUUGCUUACGACCGUAGUAGUUUCAAUGAGAGUAAAUUGGAGAAUAAGAAAAAUGAAUUUAAUUCGGAGACGAUUGCGGAAAUCGCAUCGGUAAUUACGGAUAAUCUUAAAGUUGGCGUCAUUCAAAAGGCUACGGAAAAAUUCACCCAGGCGCUAGGAAAAGGCGGUAUAAAUGGAAACACGAAUGCCGUUCAAACUGUAUUUCGAACAUUUGCCGAUGAGCUGAGCAGCAAAAUCAAAACGACAGAUGAUAUUAAGUCAACUGAUUCAAGCAAGUUCGUCUGGAAGAUGGUAACUGAGAUUGAAAAAAAAGUUGAGCAUUCAAUUAAGAAGGGUCACACUAAUAAGUAUAUUCUACGAAGCGUAGUACUUUCCACGCUCUCAGCCCUCUAUUCCAGUGCUAAGCAGAUAGGCGAACAACUCAAAUCGUUCACCGGUUAUGACGACGAUUCUGAUGCAUCGAAAAUUGCCAACGUGGAUGAGGGUUUUAGAACUGUGGAAAAGCUCUACGCAAACCUCCAUAAAGCGUCCGGUGAAGUGACACAGCUUGCAAUAUCUGACCCUGUGAGUUUACAAACCUCCGAUCUUGCUAAGCACAUUCAGGAUAUUGAAGAAAAAGUUAAAUCACACAUUCCUGGAGAUUCCGGUGAGACAACGCUUCAUACUACGGAGACAUUCAUGCAAGACUUCAAGAAAACAAAUGCAACUCUAAAGUCCGCUAUUAAGAAUGAUACGUUAGACAAUGCGCUUAAAACGCAGUUGCCAGGAUAUGGCAAAAUUGCGUUAAACCGCGCCUCAACUUUUACUAAUUAUAAGACACACGUUAGUCAAACUGGCGCAAAGACGGGUGCACUUGAGAAGGCAAUCCAGAAAAUAAAGAUAGAGGUCGAUGAGCAGUUAAGCAACCUCCCAAACCGUGUGACAUUCAAUGCAAUUAUGGAGGAUGCAGAAAAAAAGUUUGCCUUUUUUUGCAAAGAAAUUUCAAAAUUGGCUGACAAAAAUGCCGUUCAGUCGCCGGGCGUAGAUGAUGGUCUAAAACAGAAAUUGACUCAAAUUAAUGAAUUGAUUGGUAAAGACGAUACCACUCUAAUUCAGAUUGAACAUAGAAGCGUAUACGGUUUACAAAAGAUCGUUGAAUAUGUGAGAAAUCUGCACGACACUAUACUAAUCCAACUCAAGAAAUCAGUGGAUUCAGCAUUUGAAUGUGCGAAAACUGAAGCACAUGAUAUCAUCGACGAAAUACACAGUAAAUAUCAGGUCCAGAUUGAGAAUGCAUUUUACAGAAUUGAAUCCACAACUAAAGCUCUGUACACGAGAACCAAAAUGAGCGAAUUGAAUGGGCUGCAAAAAAUUGUAGAAACGCAACACCAAGCCAUGAUUACCGCUAUCGCAUUUGAUUACAACAACGGCGUGAAGGGGUUGAUGAAGCGUAUGAAAGCAGAAGAACAUGAUCUUACUCAUAUAAUGUCACUCGUAGCUGUGCAGAUGAAGCAACACACGUCAGCAAAAGGGGAUGCACAAAAAUUCAGAGAUGCAUCUGAUCGUUAUCAAACAUAUGUUGACCGACACCUACAUUAUGUCAGCGACCAAAUUAAUGUUACGACUAGACGUACUUCCAACCAGCAGAGUAACAGCCUACCCACCCCCCCAACCAACUCCCCGCCCACCGACCCAGCCAGCAAGCUAACCAAAAUCAAAGAAGACUUCGACAAUUUACUUGAACAUCUUAAAAAUGAAAAUCAACGCAAAACAUAUAAUUAUGAUCAUGCUUUCACCGAAAAACUUGCCUCCCUCAAAGACGCCACUAACGAUUUAUCCCCCUCCACCUUCGCCAACCCCCGGCACCCAGAGCUGCUCGAUGCGGUCAGAGCGGGGCUGCAGGGGUUUGUCAAGGAGAUGGGGAGGGUGUAUGUGAACGGGUAUGAGGGAGGUUUUGAGAACGUUUUAUUGGUAUAUGCAAACACUGGAAAUGUUACAGAAGAAGGAAAAAAAUGCGCCAAAAUAUUUUUGACGGUAUUGUCAUUAUUACGUAGUAAGUUGUAUGAUCUAUACAUGAAGUGCUCUCCGACAUUCAGAGGUGAGUGGCAAAAUAUGAAUAUCUGUUUGUACGACGUAGAUAAGAAAAUAAAAGAGAAUGGAAACCCACUCGGUCACUGGUUCCAGCGUCGUGGUUACAAGGUACCCAAAGAUAAGAACACGCAGGACGGGGAGUUGCGGAAUUCGGUAUCUCUGAAAGGUAACGAAAUUAUUGCGCUGUGUAAUAAUGUAAUCAGCAAUGUGGACCCUGCAACCAUAACUAUGUUAGGAAAAUACGCAAAUUCCAAAGACAAGAGCGUUAAGCUUGUCAACCUCCUCAUCGUACUCCACGAUUCUAAGCUAUCCGACUUCUACAAAGUCUGUCACCUUAAUAUGCGCCCUAAUCCUAAACCUCCAACGACAAUAUGUCAGAUGCUCCAAUGGCUUCCCGGGCUGUGGUUUAAUCCCAUGUUUAGUAAAGUUACAGGCUAUUUCACAACUCUGCUGACUUCGUUAAAGGACGAGUACAAAUUACAGGCAGAUGCGUUAGAUGUUGCCGUCACGUCCAACCUAAAAAGCGAAAUUAAUACAGCUAUUAAUCAUAAGCAAUUGGCCGAUACUUUGCGCAAUGUCUGUUUAUAUUCGCGCGAUACGUUAAUCGCCAUCGUCGGACACGGUCAUAGUGACGGCCGAUACGCUUGUGAGUAUUUCAUGAACGUGGAGAAUUUGUUAUAUCCCAGCAGUCCUAGCGCAUGCUUCGAUAUGCUUGCGGAUAUAAUUUGUAGAUUAUAUACUCAGCUAUGCUUCCUCUACAAACAGUGCUACAAUGGCCGUAGCAGGGGCGGUUGGGAGGAUUGUUGGUACGGCAAGGGAAUCGCCGGAUCAGCGUGGCACUGCAAUGACUACCAAUGCCCCAACCAAGAGUGUGAGCGAAAGGACAGGCAAACGGAUGAUCAAAAUGCUGACCAAAGUGGUAACCAAAAGUGCAACCAACACUCCAAGUGCGGCAUAAAGUCACCGCUACAGUCUUUCUUGGAAGAUGGCCUACAAGGCUUCCUGCCACACCGGCUUGAAAAGGUUGGUUGCGGCGUAAAAUGUUCUUUGUCUAAUCACCAUGGCAAGCCAUGUCUCACUCCUAUGGGCCUGGCUGACAUCGGAAUUACUGCUUCGCAUACGAAAACCGGCGCUCAUCUGAAAGAGGCUCUUCGCAAUUUCUGCGGUCCCAUAUCGCAUCUCACUAAACUGUGUAGUAUUAUCACAUGCCUCAUCCGCCGUCCGCCGCAGACGCUGGGCGACAUGUUUGCGUUCUACUACCAUUUCAUAAAUGGCUGGUACGAGACUGGAAAAGGCGAGCGUGAGAACCACCGAGAGAUUGCGUUUAACCUAGCCGUCAAAGCCGCUAAUUUCAAAAUUCCAGAAACGAAGUUAGAGAUUAAGUCCAUGUUUAGCAGCAGCAGUCACGCCACUCAUGCUCCCGGCAAACUUCCGAAACACAACGGUGAUCUGCUUAGUCUUGUAGCUUGUGAUUCUAAGACACUACCAGGCCUACCCUGCGGUCGGUACCUGCAACCAAUCAGCAACGACAUCAUGGUGGUAUAUUCUAAGUACCACGCAAGCCACUACCUGUCAUGGGUAGUAUACAUUACCGAAACAUUCUACGACUUACUCAAGAAAUUGUAUGACGAAUGCUGCCAAAACUGCAAUAGACCUGGCAAGCGUUGCUAUGACAAGAGCUGUGUCAAGGAUUGUCAAGUCAGGUUCAGCUAUGGAUAUAAGAAGCCCACUGAAGACGCUAACCCGGCUGGUUUUGAAAAUAUUAAGCAUGAAGAUUCAUGUGGUUCUAUUGUUAAAUGCCGAGCUACCCAUGCAGCUAUGUACUCAGCAGGAUUCACUUUCGGCAGUCCGUUCGAAAUGAGUGGUGAUGACGGUAGACGUAAAAAACGUACAUGUGAAGAUUUCUGCCAGGCAUUGGGGUUCGUCGUAAGACCAGGUAACGCUUUAUAUAUGCUCGUUAACAAAACGAUUCCCGAUUUCCUUUGGCAAAUCCGGGAGAAAUUCUUCUGGACCACCGUAGCCCUCUGGUCACUGUCCCUCUUCUACCUCAUGUGCGUAAUGGUUGGCAGGCUGGAUGUGCUCCACAUCAGGUCACACCUGAGGAUACCGUCGUCGCACAAGAUAACGGCGCAAUCAUUGUUGGCUGCAGCGCAAGUCGGAAGGCUUGCCAAGAUAUCGUACCUACAACCGUGA